AUGACGCCUGCUGAGGGCGCUGCGGAGCAGUAUCUGGCGCCGCUUAACUUCACAUAUGACCCCUCGCUCACGCCGCGCGUCUACUCUGUGACCCCAACAAGCGGGCCCGCCGGCGGCGGCACACGCAUGACCCUCACCGGCGCGUUCCCUGCGCCGCCCCCGGGCGGCGUGACCGUCUGGCUCGGCGCGGGCGCUGCGGCGGCGCCGUGCGGCAAUGUGACGCUUGUCAACGCGUCUCAGAUAGAGUGUGUGACCGGCGACGCGGGCUGGCCAAGGCCGUCGGCGGCGGUGGCGCGGGUCAGGGUGGUGUAUGAUGGUUGGGGAGAGGCGCUGCACGAGCCCGCCGCGAACGGCUCGACGGAGGUGUCCUUCAAUUGGUUUGAGCUGUGGUCCAGCCCCGCCACCUGGCGUGGCCGCGACCCCCCUGCGGCCAGCAACCACGUGACCAUCCCCGCGGGCCGCCGCGUGGUGCUCGACGUGUCCACUCCCGUGCUGGGGUCACUGGUGCUGGAGGGGGCGCUUGAGUUUGAUGGCUCAGCAGCUGGGGAGCUGAACCUGCAGGCCCACUCGAUCCUGAUCGAUGGCGGUAGCCUCACGGCCGGCUCAGCUGAUGCGGCGCAUGCCGGCACGGCGGUCAUUACGCUGCACGGCCGCCGCGACUCGUCAGAGUUGCCCCUCUUUGGCACAAAAGUCAUUGCGGUGCGUGACGGGACCCUCUUCUUGCGGGGCCGACCCAAGACGCCGGCCUGGGCGCACCUCAACGCCACGGCAUUUGAGGGUGCUGCUGAGAUUGUCGUGGAGGGAGCUGUCAAUUGGGAAGUUGGUAAGGCCCGGUGA